GGAGCCGUUAGUGAGGCAUCUCGGGUGAUGGUGGCAUCACGUAACUAUGCAGACUUUGCAAGUGAAGCUACAUUUGAAAUUAAGAAAUGUGACCUCCAUCGCCUGGAAGAGGGCCCUAGUACCACAGCAGUGAUGACUCGAGAGGAGGGGCUGCAUUACUACAAGACGAUGCAGACCAUACGACGCAUGGAGCUGAAGUCUGACCAGCUGUACAAGCAGAAGAUUAUUCGUGGCUUCUGCCAUUUAUACGAUGGUCAGGAAGCUUGCUGUGUAGGGCUUGAAGUUGCCAUCAAGCCUACAGACCACGUGAUAACGGCUUACAGAGCUCACGGCUUUACCUACGCACGAGGAGUGCCUGUUCGGGAGAUUCUCGCUGAACUUACAGGUCGAAAAGGAGGAUGCGUGAAGGGAAAAGGAGGAUCAAUGCAUAUGUAUACCAAAAACUUCUAUGGUGGCAAUGGUAUCGUGGGGGCUCAGGUUCCUCUUGGAGCUGGGAUUGCGCUGGCCUGUAAAUACUUUGGGAAAAACGAAGUCUGUCUGACGUUAUACGGGGAUGGUGCAGCCAACCAGGGCCAGAUAUUUGAAACGUACAAUAUGGCUGCCUUGUGGAAGCUGCCUUGUAUUUUUAUCUGUGAGAACAACCGGUAUGGAAUGGGAACGUCGGUUGAGAGAGCUGCAGCCAGUACCGACUACUACAAACGGGGAGACUUCAUUCCAGGGCUCAGGGUGGAUGGCAUGGACGUCCUCUGCGUUCGAGAAGCGGCAAAGUUUGCAGCUGAGUACUGUCGAUCUGGAAAGGGUCCUAUUCUGAUGGAGUUACAGACAUACCGUUACCAUGGCCACAGUAUGAGUGACCCUGGAAUAAG